UGCUUCUCACAGUUCAAUUAUAAUGAUAAAGUUCUCACAAUUCAAUCACAUUAGUUGUAGUAAAAUAAAACAUAGAAACUUAUUAUCUAAACUAUACAUUCGAGUGGAGAAUCAGUCGCUUUAUUCAGUAUCUUUUUAAAGUUUGACGAGUGAACAUGGAAAAGUGGGAAGGCAAAACAGCAAUCGUAACUGGUGCUUCAGCUGGAAUUGGAGACGCGAUCGCUCGAGAUCUUGUUAAGCAUGGGAUUAAUGUAGUUGCUUUGGCUCGUCGUAUGGAUAGAUUAGAGAAGUUGAAGGAACAGUUAAAGAAUGAAAAAGGAAAGCUCAUUCCAAUUAAGUGUGACGUGUCUGACAAAGCCUCAAUCGAUGCAGCAUUUGAACAGAUCGAGAAAGAAGUAGGAACUGUUCAGAUUCUAGUUAAUAAUGCUGGUAUUGCACAUUUUAAAAUGAUAUUUGGUGAUGAUGAUUCUAUUGAGGAUACCAUAACUAAUACAAUCAAUACAAAUUUCCUUGGACUGGUCAGAGUAUCAAGGAAAGCUUAUAAGUUAAUGAAGAAAUCUGAUGACCAUGGAAUUAUUAUAAAUAUUGGAAGUGUGGCUGGUCACAAUGCAUCCUUCGAGUUUCCUUUGAAUGUUUAUGCAGGAACAAAACAUGCAGUCCGUGCUGUUACUGAGUCAAUGCGGCAGGAGCUCAACAAGCUUAAAGACACAAAGAUUCGAGUUUGUGAAAUAAGUCCAGGAGCAGUUGAAAGUGAAAUCACGGCUGACUUUUUCAGCAAACCAGAAAUCAAAAAACAUAUUGGGGAAAAUAAAAUUCCAAUUCUCAAAGGUUCUGAUCUUGCACAAACUGUUCAAUUUAUGUUGAUGACUCCAUAUGAUGUGAAUAUUACUGAAUUGAUUGUUAGACCUGCUAGUGGAAGUUAAACAUGCUCAACUUUUUUUUUGAUUUAAUAAAAAUGUUAAAUUUUAAAAUUUAAAUCGCAUUAUUGUAAUUUAAGGUUUGG